UACAGCUGUAUCAGUUACCGAGUUUCAGCUGAAGUCUGUGCUGUCAGGGUGUUAGGUGUCUGCAUUGAUAAAAAUUCAAUUAUCUGUAUCCUGUUCAACUCUACAUAAUCUUCGGAAAAUAGAGAUUGUGCAAGAUGUAUGAUGUCAAUAACACAACUCACGACGGUUUAGGCAGAAUUGACACAGAUGGAAUUAAUGUCACCAUUCUUGUUGUGAUUUAUAUUUUAAUCGGAUUAUGCGGCCUUUUUGGAAAUGCUUUAGUUAUUUAUGUUAUACUGAAAUCACCGAAGAUGAGAACUGUAACUAAUAUGUACCUUUUGAAUUUGGCUUUGUCAGAUUUGAUAUUUUUAUCUCAUAUUGCCAUGGUAACGACGACAACUAUAACCGAGUACUGGGUGUUUGGUGAAAUCAUGUGUAGGAUUUUCUUUACAACGCAAGCUAUAACCACUUUUUCCAGCGUUCUUACCUUAACCACUUUAAGUGUGGACCGUUAUAUUGCAGUAUGUAAACCUGAUGUUGCUUAUAAAUACAGACAACCACUUAAAUCAGUUUUUGUGAUUAUUUCUAUUUGGAUCUUUUCACUUCUACUCUCAAUGCCUAUAAUUUUGUAUUCGAAAAGAAUGCCCCAUCCUCACAUGAAAGGAAAAGAUUCCUGUAUGUUGGAUUGGCAGGACGUGAGAGAAGUUCCAAUAUAUAUCAUUUAUAUCUUUGUUCUCGGGUUUGCGAUUCCACUAUGUUUUAUAUCCACAUUUUAUACCUGUGUAAUUAUUCAUAUGAAAAGCGCCGGACCAGCAAAAAGACAGAGAUCAAAGGAACAGCUCAGAUAUCAUAGAAAAAUCACAUACCUUGUUUUGGCCAUCAUCUUGUCGUAUAUCAUUUGCUGGUUACCUUAUUGGAUUUUCCAGAUAGUUUUUGUCGUGUUCUUUAUGUCAAAAACUGUUGCAAACACAGUAGUGAUUUUACACAUAUGUACAGUCUUAAUGUACUCUAACAGUAUGGUCAAUCCUUUUUUGUAUGCAUUUAUCAACAAAGACUUUCGACAUAGAUUUAGAGAGGUGUUUCAGUCACAGUGCCUUGUGAAGAAAUGUAGCGGAACUACCUCUACGAAGGACAAUGGCAAUUCAAUGGAACUUGAUUCGUUGCAAAGACAUGCUUGUAAUGAUAUUGAGGAAAAACAGAAUUAGCAAAAUAAAUAACACUGACAAAAAUAGAGGCAAAUUAAAAAAAAAUGUAUUAUGAAAAAUGUCA